AUGGAUGGGGAAGACGUGGAGCUAGAACUACCAUGGAAAGCGACGCUAGAUGACGAAGCUUUUGCAAGCAUGGAUUAUGCUACGCAUCCCACGUCAUGUGCAGCAGAUUCGAAUUCAAAUCAAAGACGACACGAGAAGCCGCCAAUUCUGCGACCAAGACCUUCCGCUAUAACUACGACAAGAUUCAAGCGCAAGUCUUUUAGCAAGCAAUUGCAGUUAUUAUGUCUGCAACGCUAUGCUGAAUAUGCAAAUAAUCAUGGUCGAAUCCCGGACAAGCAAAAAACCGAGCAGCUUUUACAUCAGAGUUACGUGCAGUUUUUAAAAGAAGGUGGCGAACGCGACGAAUGUAGACUUACAUAUGCGGAUUUUCUAAAACUUGUGAGAAAUCGGCGCAGCGAGAUUAAUGCGAGAGCACAACGUCCAAAAGGUAACGGCGAGGCAUUUAAGCAAGCUGUGGUGCUUACACCCGCCAAGAAAAAGUUACAAGAGGAACGUGACAAGAUUCGCGAAUAUAUUGGGAUGAUUGACAGAACAAGAGAGCAAGCGAGACUGGUUCCAGAUCCACAACAGCACUUAAAUUAUUCAGCACUUGUUGACAAAUCCACGCAAGCGAUGACGGUGGAAAAGAGUGGAGAAGAGAGCUCUUCAUCAACGUUAUCAGAUCCUAUGGAACAAUUGGAGGCUAUCUUGCGAAUCCAGCAGGAAACACAAAAUAUACAGCGCGAAAUUGCCGCGAGGCUGGAAUCAGUUAGUCGUGCCAUGCGACACCAUGAAAGCCAGGUAGAGUUUGAGGAGCCAUCAUGUGUCAGCGUGUAA